AUGGCGACCAAUCUUCCCGUUUUCCAUGUCGCUCCGAUAAGGGCUUCGUCAUCUGGAAAAUCCGAACCUAAUCGCCGGAAGGCUGCCGCGCCAAAGUGGUGGUCACCGAUCUUUGGAUGGUCCUCCGAGCCGGACUACAUCGGUUCUUCCGCCGCGGAUCAGCUUGUUCAGAAUGCCGAUCCAGAGCUCGACGGCGGACGACCGAAAUCCAAAUUCCUGCCAGGCUGCUUCACGGAGGAGAAGGCGAAACUACUCCGGAUGAAGACGCUGGAGAGCUCUACUUUUCAUGACAUUAUGUAUCAUUCAGCAAUCGCGUCGCGCCUCGCCUCCGAUUUGUCGGACCGAAGCAAGGAAUAG